AAAGGUUUCCGAUGUCCGCGGAAUAAUAAUUUUGACGUACCACUAGUGAGCAAUUUGAUUGGUUGAGGUUUGAACGAGACGGCGCAAAGGUGAAUUCUGAUUGGUUUAGUUAUUUCGUAAGGAAACGCGGAGAAUUAUUCAAAGUAAUCGCAAGAGGGAACCGGAGGAACAAACAUUGUUUUAUUUGUAGUACUGUACGAUGCCCUCCUCGGGCAAGCGCGCCCCGCGCAGAGAGGAGCUGCAGCUGGAGCUGAGUUGCGAGUGGGGCUCGUGUCAGGAGACAUUUGACAGGAUGCAAGAGUUUUGCCAGCACGUAGAAAAACAUUAUAAAACCACAGUGGACCGUGAGACUGAUUUAUUAGAAGAAGAGUAUAACUGUCUGUGGAGAGACUGUGGGUUUUGUUCAGUGGAAGGAGCUGGAGAGAUUCUCAGACACAUGUUCUUCCACUGCUACCACACAAAGUUAAAGCAGUGGGGUCUUGCUAUACUGAGGGGCCACAGUGACAUGGGCACCUGCUCGGUCGGUAUUCAAAACCGCAACAUUGUGCCUGAGGUUCAAGAGAACUUCUUAUGUCUUUGGGAGCACUGUGAGAUGUCUAUGGAUAAUCCAGAGUGGUUCUACAGACAUGUGGAGAUGCAUGCCCAUUGUCUGGAGGGUAAUGAAGAAAACAUGUUGUUUUGUGGCUGGAAAGACUGUGAAGCCUCUUUCAAGGGAAGGUUUAAGUUGCGAGAACACAUGCGUAGUCACACACAGGAAAAACUGGUGGCAUGUCCGACCUGUGGAGGAAUGUUUGCCAACAACACAAAGUUCUUCGACCACAUUCGACGUCAAACCUCCAUAGAAGGUCAACGAUUUCAAUGUUCUCACUGCUCUAAACGUUUUGCCACCGAGAGGCUACUGAGAGACCACAUGAGAAAUCAUGUCAACCAUUAUAAAUGUCCACUGUGUGAUAUGACCUGUCCAUCACCGUCCUCACUGAGAAACCACAUCAAAUUUCGACAUUCCAAUGAAAGGCCAUACAGCUGUGACUACUGCGAGUACAGCUGUAAAAACCUGAUAGACCUGCGAAAGCAUUUAGACACACACAGCAGUGAGCCUGGAUAUCGAUGUGACUUUGCUGACUGCGGCUACUCCACCCGCUCACUUUACUCAAUAAAGAACCAUUACAAACGUGUUCAUGAGGGAGAUUACACUCCUCGCUAUAGGUGUCACGUGUGUGAGCAGUGCUUCACUCGGGGGAACAACCUCACUGCUCAUCUACGCAAGAAACAUCAGUUCAAAUGGCCCUCAGGACAUCCCAGAUUCAGAUAUAAAGAGCACGAAGAUGGAUACAUGCGUCUGCAACUGAUCCGCUACGAGAGUGUAGAGCUCACAGAACAGCUGAUGAGGGAGCGGCAGGGCGAGGGGGACAGCAGCGAGUCUACCCAGCAGAACAUCCAGCCUGGUGAAGAACUAGAGGAGACACAGCCUUCUAGCACUGUGCCUGGAAAUACAGAGGCAGGAAUAAGAAAGGAGGCAGCAGAGGACUGUAGGGUGCAGGAGAACAGAGAAAACAUGUUUUUGUUAAUGACAGCUGGCACCUCCUCGGAGAUGGACUCUACAGGUGAGGAGUCGGUGAUGCAUCAGCUACAAGACACCGCACAGCAGAUGGGCAUGGAGGUGGUCUAACUGCUCCUCUGAUUACUGAAGCUCCCUAGGACUGCUGUGUCAGACAAUUAAAAGGCGUUGGAACAUGGUAGUAAGAGAGUAACAGGGGUCCAAAGUUAAAAUAGAGUGUGUUUUAGGAGCUGUCAGAUCAGGCACCAUUAUCACAACACUGAAUAGAACAAAUAAACUACUAAUCAACUGAUUGGCUGUAGUGAACUGACAUAAAUAGUUCAUAGAAAAACAAAGUUUUUCUCAUGUUAUUUAAAGUCUAAAUUAUUAAUGUCUUCGAUAAAACACAAAAUGUUAAGAUGAUGUUCAGCUGAAUUGUAAAUUAGAAGGAGAAUUAUACUGCCAUUAAAAUACCAUUAAACUAUUUGAAAGUGUGUUAAGACAAAAAGUUAAGAUGUUAUUCACUCACUGAAGGUUUCACUCAGUCCUGACUGAGAAUACAGUGGAAAAAAAUCAUACUGGCCUUUUUUGUAAUACUUAAAGGAUAGUUCACCCACAAAUGAUAAUGUUGUCAUGAUGUACUCACCCUCAUGUUGUUCUUAACCUGUAUCAGUUUCUUUAUUCUGUUGAACACAAAAUAAGAUAUUUUGAUAAAUGAUUGUAAGCACACAGUGUACUUCCAUAGUAGGAAAAACAAAUACUGUUGAGGCCAAUGGUACGGUCAACUGCAUGCUUAUCAUCAUUUAUCAAAAUAUAGUUUGUGUUCAACAGAAUAAAAAAACUCAUACAGGUUUAAAAUAACAUGAGUGUGAGUAAAUCAUUGAAAAAAAUCAUUUUUGGGUAAACUAUCCCUUUAAAUGCUUUCUUUGUAUGGCUAAAGAUUCAGACAUUUAUAGAUAUUUUGCAUUUCAUGGAAAACAAGUCUUUUGGUUUUAAAAUGACAUAGAUGAAAAAGUGAAAGUUUUAAUUUAGUACGUUUUUGUGAAAUAUAUACACAUGGACUUGGAAUUGGGAGAGCCGUUAGUUUAAUUUUACUGAAUUAACUGUUAGUAAUGUAAAGAGAAAAAGAUUGGUCUUUCUCAGGAGGACAUUUAUAGUUUUAUACAAUAUGGCUGUUUGCUUCUGUUUUAAAGUUGUGUUGGAAGUGCCAUUAAACUGUUAACUGACUAAAAAUGUAACUAUAUUUAAUUUAUAUUUGGAUCUGUUUAUUUAGACUCUGUUCUGCUGAAUGGCCCGUUCUGGUGGUAAAUUUCUUUUACUGCAACUUUUCUAUAUCAAAUUAAAAGUUUUAAGAUCCAUUAA